AUGGGUCACCACGCAGAUUACUCCGAGUUCAGCGCCCAGGCGAACAAAAAGGAGCUGUUGCAACAAGUUGUGGACUCUUACAAGAGUCUCAGUGAGGGACACACUAACUGGGUUUGUAACUUGGCCAAUUGUAGCUCACUGCUGUGGCACUGCUACAAUGAAGGACUUUCCAAACGAGUGAAUUGGGCAGGUUUUUAUGUAAUGGAUCCAGAAAACCAGGACCAGCUCAUUCUUGGGCCGUUUAUGGGCAAAGUGGCAUGCCAAACGAUCAAGAUGGGGCGUGGUGUAUGCGGCACUGCAGCCAGCACGCAAAAAACCCAGCUGGUCUCAGAUGUCGAGCAAUUUCCCGGACAUAUAGCCUGCGAUGGGGAGACCAAGAGCGAGAUUGUGGUUCCUAUUGUGGCCGACGGACGGCUUGUUGGCGUUUUGGAUAUUGAUUGUUUGGAACUAAACGGGUUUGACAAGGACGAUCAAAAAUACCUCGAGUUUUUGUGUCAAGAAAUUAGCGAAACAUGCAGCUGGAAGAAUUAA